UCCUGCUCAUUUUCAUUGCAAAUUCAGUGUCUCGGUAGAAGCCGUCUUUAGAUGAAAUAGGCCAAUGAGCAAACUCUGUUCGCCAAGCAAGCAAGUUUUCCAAUCAAAACCCGUAUGCAGGAAAGUCGCAGAAUAUUUUACCCAGUUAUCGGCGAAAUUUCGGUCAUUUCAUCCGAAUCCUAGCAAACUUCCCACCGAAAACCGAUAAAUCCAUGGAAGAAAAGCUUCAAAGACCCCACAAAAAUCCUGGGGGUACCCUCCAAUCCAUGGCCUGGUACGCCCUUGUAGCCGCCUGCAUCAAGCUCCUCUUGAUCCCAUCCUACCAUUCCACUGAUUUCGAAGUCCACCGCAACUGGCUUGCUCUCACCCACUCUCUCCCUCUCUCUCAAUGGUACUCUGACGAGACCAGUCCCUGGACCCUUGAUUACCCACCUUUCUUCGCUUACUUCGAGCGCUUCCUCUCCAUCUUCGCCAAUCUCAUCGACCCCACAAUCGUAAAUCUCCGACAAGGCCUAAACUACAACUCCAAUACGGUUAUUUAUUUCCAAAGGAUGACUGUUAUUGUAUCUGAUCUGUGUCUCUUCUUUGCAUUGUAUCGAUUGACUGCAAAAUUGGACUCAGGAAAGCGAAAUCUGAUCUGGGUUUUGGUUGCUUCGUCGCCGGGGCUUUUCAUUGUGGACCACGUGCAUUUUCAGUACAAUGGGUUUUUGCUGGGGAUCUUGUUGUUGUCCCUUUCGUUUCUGGAGGAAGGGAGGGAUUUGAUGGGCGGCUUUGUUUUUGCAGUUUUGUUGUGUUUUAAGCACUUGUUUGCUGUGGCCGCUCCUGUUUAUUUUGUGUAUUUGUUGAGCCGUUUUAGCCGUGGCGGAUUCCUUAAGGGUUUUGGGAGGGCUUUAGUGAUGGGUGCUGUGGUUGCCUUGGUUUUUGCAGCGGCUUUUGGACCUUUCGUGUACUAUGGGCAGAUACAACAAGUUAUACAUCGCAUGUUUCCAUUUGGGAGGGGACUUUGCCAUGCAUACUGGGCUCCAAAUUUUUGGGUCUUUUAUAUUAUUUUAGAUAAAGGGCUUGCUUUCUUGCUCAGGAAACUGGGAUUCAACAUCCAGGCACCAGCAGCUUCAUUCACUGGGGGUCUAGUAGGGGAUUCCUCACCUUUUUCUAUAUUGCCAUCGAUCACUCCCUUGACAACCUUUAUUAUGGUUCUGCUUGCCAUAUCUCCCGCUCUUAUCAAGGCUUGGAGAAAUCCUCGUCCAGGGAUGAUCACUAGAUGGGUAGCAUAUGCUUACACAUGCGGUUUUAUAUUUGGGUGGCAUGUUCAUGAGAAGGCUUCACUCCACUUUGUCAUCCCCCUUGCCAUUGUAGCAAUGCAAAGUUUGGAGGAUGCAAAGCAUUACUUCUUGCUGUCAAUAGUGUCUUCCUACUCUCUUUUUCCACUGCUAUUUGAAGCCCAAGAAUAUCCUAUAAAAGUUCUGUUGCUGCUUUUGCACUCUAUUGUAAUGUGGUUAGCUUUUUCUGCACAUUCCACUAAAAAUGGGGUGAUAAAUGCAACUGCACCUGCAAACAAAGGAAGUGAUAAAUUGGAAGUGAAAGGAAGUUCAAGAGCUGCCACCAAAAAAGGAGAUUUUGUAAUUGGAUGGAUUGGGAAGAUUUAUCUGUUGGGUCUUUUGGUUGUUGAAAUAUGGGGUCAGUUUCUACAUCCUUACCUUCUUGGUAGCAGAUUUCCCUUUGUACCCCUUAUGUUGAUCUCUGUAUACUGUGCAUUUGGAAUCAUGUACUCUUGGAUUUGGCAGCUAAAACGGAUAAUUGGGUCCUCAUGAUUUACGAUGAUUUGAAUACUUUUUGGGUGGCUUGUUAUAGUA